AUGUGCACAUUGAAACUAGGUCGAUAUUUUGCAUUUAUAUUCAUUUGUUUUGCGAUCAUUCACGGCAUUGUAGCUGGCUCUUCUUAUGAUAUUCAACCAACACUGGGAUGUGUUCCAUCGAUUUAUGUAGCAGUUCAGUAUUCAGCAUUUUUCUUUUAUCCAAUUCUAGUUGGUUUUCUACCUAUUGUCAUUGCAUCAUCAUUUAGUAUCUUAGCUUAUCAUAAUGUUCGUCAUAUAGUUCGACGACAAUUACCAAUAGUUCGUCGUAAGUUAGACAAACAAAUAACAGCAAUGGUUCUUAUGCGUGUAAUAAUCUUUGUUUGUUUGGUAUUGCCUUAUGUUACUUAUCGCAUCUAUACCGUUAAUUUUCCUACAUCGCGAAUUAUGCCUAUGGCAUAUGCAAUUAGUCGAUUGAUUCAAGCAAUUAUUACUUCUAUCUACAUUACAAAUUUUGUCGUUAACUUUUAUAUUUUUAUAAUAUUCUCACCACGUUUUCGCCGUCAAGUAAAACUUGUUCUGGGUAAUAUCUAA